GAGGUGCGCACGCGCGCGCGCAACAGGUGCUAAUUGCACACCGUUUGGGUUCGCGAGCAACAAGGAAUAGGGAUUGGUUUAUCUCAAAACACGUCAAAAUAAUCUAAUAUCGGUGCCGUGUGCGUGUACGCGCGCGCGCUCGUGCUAAGCCCUCCCCGUGCGCCCUCACCUCUGUUCCGUUCCCAACGCGUAUAAAAGCGCGCGUGCGGCAGUCCGCACACAUCAGCGAUCAGCAGCACGCGCCACUUCUGACUCCGGACCCUUCGGCAUCCGUUAGAGCUUUGAUCAAAAAACCUACAGCAACCCACAACACCAAAAAUGAGUGUGGUAUUGAAGUCGUGGACCGCUAUCUUUACCCUGUUCCUGUGCGUUCUCCUGUAUCUCAGCACCGUGGUGGACGCCUAUCCGCCCAAACCGGAGAACCCCGGAGAGAACGCGGCACCCGAGGAGCUCGCAAAAUACUACACUGCUCUCAGACAUUACAUCAACCUCAUCACCCGGCAAAGGUAUGGAAAAAGGUCGACUCAGGAGGGAAUUCUGACAGACCUGCUGUUUGGAGACAGCAAUGACCACAACCAGGGAUCAAGGUACGACGAGUCGUUCAUGUGGUGAUGUUCACUACCCCCACCCGCCCCCACUCGCUGGUCUCCUGUGACUCCCUCUCCAGACCCUGCACCCUAACACCUGAUGGUCGUUCUUCAUCCUCCUCCUCCUCCUUUACAUCUCUCUUCAUCGACGCAUCGAACUGUACAUAAUUUAUUACUAGACAGAGAAUCUGUGUCUCUGGAAACAUCACUGUGUCUAACGGAGGAUUUAUUCUUUCUGUUUGUACAUAUUAAUGACUGUGAUUAAA